CAUGGCGCAGCUUAUAAUCUAAGGGGGUUGUAUCGGAUUUAUAUUUGGCGGAUAACUGUCAGUUCUGGUUGCUGUCAAAAAAGACAGUGUAAAACAUUUGUUGGUGAGACCAUGAUCUAUGGACGACUCUUGAGCCAUACUUAGAUGACUUUGAGAAUGUCCACAUAUCCGAGACCUGUCAUCCUAUACAUGAUUGGUUCGUCCAUAAAUUAUAGUCUCAUCAUCGGAGUGUCAGCAAUCCACACAAGCAAACCUUACAUCCUCACGCCAAGUAAAUAAUCCUUUGCUACCAAAAGGGUGUUGUCGAAGUCCUAUGAAUGCAUAGGGCUGAAUUACUUCUGAUUACCCGAGCUGCCAACCUUGGGGAAAUCCCCAGGUCUAGGGAAAUUUUAGGGUUUGGGUCUGAUUUCCCCAAAAUUUACUAUAGCGGCUUCCCCAAAAUUUCCCCGAAAUGGGUCAGAUUUUCGUCAAAAUUGGCAGCUUGGGUACUUUGUGGUGCUAUUAUAAAUAGUCCACAUUCCGACUUCUAAAGUCAUAGUCUAUUCCAUUGUUAAUGAUCAAGUACAUCUAGUUUUGAUUUAGAUAUUGUCUUGGGUAAAGUUUUAAAUUAUUAAUUGUCCUGUACUAUUUAAUUGAAUAUAAGUAGAUCCUCCACUUACCGAAUCAAUUUUUCUGUUUCAGAUUUUCGUUUAGCCUAAUUGAAUUACACUUUUCUCGAAAACCAUCUUUAUGGGCCGCAUGCAAGUAUAUUAACGAUUGGAGUUAACAUAUGCAUGAGGUUUAAAGUGCAUUGUUUAUGUCCAUUGCGUAAACAACAUACUGGAUAUUAUGGUCAUCCUGUGAAUAUAUCAUGGCAAACAGUGAGAACACCGGAUUGUCGAAAGCUGCAACUGCUGGAACUAUUUUUGGUACGGGAUUAUUGAGUUGUGGACGUGUAGACAAGCGUACCUUUUUAAGUGCUCUCCUGGGUGCUGGACUAGGAUUCGCACUGGGGAUCCUUUCACAUGGUCUGUUAAAUGGUUUAUUACUAUUCUUCAAACGUGAUAAACAGAGUGAACAAUUGCGUUAUAUGACUGAACAGUUAGCUAGUGUUAGAGCGGAACUGUCGGAAUUACGUAAUGAAUUAUAUAAUACUCACGUAAAGAGUUUGGAUAGCAAAGACAAUGAUGACGUCCCACCAAUUUUUAUAGGCGAUGAUGACUACGACCUAGAUGGUGAUUACGAAAACUACUUCGAUGUGGAAAAUUUCGGUGAUGACAUGAAUUCCCCAUCGAUUCAGUUCAGUAGAUUUCCAGAGGAAGUUUUAUCGUCGGCAAAUUCAUUUCAAAGUGUUGGUAGUCAUUUAAGCAACAACUCUUCUUAUUGGUCGAUGACAGUUCAAGUUCCGACUGAUGUGCUAGAGGAAAUAGAUAAACUGGCUGAUUAUGCUUUAGGUGAGUAUUCAUCAAGUGACUCACAAAUGCAUCCUAAUGACAAUGAUAUCAAUCCAGGCAUACAAGCUUACGCUAGAUGUCUAGUAUACAUGCAAAAGUAUCGCUAUUGCCCAGAAUUCUUGUGGCGUUUAGCUCGUGCUACCUACAUAGCCAGUGUAGAAGCGCCAUUAGAUGAAGCUGUGUCACAAAGGGAUGAUGCAUCACACGGUCAUCAUACCUUAAAUGAUAUUGCUUAUAAAGUGCAAACUCGUCGACAGUUUAUUGAGUCAGGAAUAAAACAUGCACGUCGAGCGUUAAGUCUCGCACAAAGAGCUCCUCCAUCACCGCUUGAUAACGAUCCAACAAAACUAGCUCCAAUAUAUAAAUGGUUAGCUAUUUUAGUUGGUGUCUAUUCAUCUUACCUCAGUGCUCAACAAAGAAUACAGUAUGGUUAUGAAUUUAAGGAAUUAAUUGACACCGCAAUCAAGCUUGACACUUCUGAUGCUCUAUCCCAUUAUCUACGAGGUCGUUGGUGUUAUGAGGUGUAUAAUGUUUCGUGGAUUGAGCGCCAGAUUGCAUCUAGGUUAUUUGGCAAGCCUCCGACAUCUACCAUUGAGGAAGCUGAGACAGCAUUUGAAAAGGUAAGCACAGAUUUAAAGAAUUUAGUUCAGUAUUUAUUAGCGUUCAACUUCCGUCUAAUUAAGUUAUUUCAUUUGUUUGAUUGAACAGGCUGAAGAAUUGCGCCCAAACCACUACGCUGCACUGUACCUGUAUCAAGCUAAAUGUUCUUUGUCUUACUUAGAUUACAAAACAGCACUGCAUAAAUUAAACAAAGCUCGAGGCUUAUUUGACCAACAUAGAUAUCCUAUACCACACACAGAUAUCGGUUCUGUACAACAAGAAGUAGAUCAACUGUACGACAAGUACUCUGGAUACCUAUGAAAUCAUGUAUAUAGCGAAAAAUAUAUAUUACUUUAAUUUA